GAUAUAAGAUAGUCAGUAUUGCACUUUCCUGAGACAUCUUGUGAUGUCACGAGAGGCUGCGUCCUGGAGGAAACUCCACCCCUCAACACACGAUAUCCCAACACACCUGAGACCGAUCAGGGCCUGAUGAACUGAAGGGCUUUUUAAGGCUCAGAGACACAGUUGGUGUCAGAGUGGGGUUUGGGAGACAAGCUCCAAGUUGUGCGCUCCCUGGAGGUAUAGACCGUCAAAGUGGCCCGUUCCAUGUGGAUUAUCUGAAGACUGGAAUACUUACCGGACGACUGAAAGACCGCUGGAUUGGCCACGGGCUGCAGCGCUAACUAAAGUAAGGCUAAAGACUGUUUUCAAGAGGACCCGAGGGAAUCGGGAUUAUUAUUUCACCGUUGAAGAGAUUGUUUAAGUUGAAGAUCGACCUUAUCCUCAGUUACCCUUUUCUGUUAAUUCCCAAGAACUUUAUUAAAAUCCUUCACUGUAUUCUAACCUUGUGUCCUUGCACUACUUGAACUGUCCUGCUGAGAACCGUGUAUCCUUUCAUGAUAUCACAUAUGGUGGAGAAUGUGGGCAUAGUUCAAGCGCUAAUAGUGCAUGUCAGAGGAGGACACUGAACAUUUGAUUUUCCAAAUUGGCCGUAGGCCUCCCACAAAACAAAAUGGAGGCAAUUUUGAAAGUCCUGGUGGCUGGCCAGCAAGCCCAGACGCAAGCGAACGUGGCUCUCUUGGAGGGGCAACCUCCUGAAGACCGAGGAUUGCAGAAACAAUUGGCCGUCCGUAAUGUCCGCCCAGUAAGGGCGAGUGAUUUUAUAUCCAAGAUGGGGGCCCAGAUGACGUUGAGGCGUACCUGCACGCCUUUGAAGCUACAGCCACUAGGGAAGCGUGGCCCAAGGUACAGUGGGUUGUACUGUUAGCCCCCUUUCUGUCGGGGGAAUCGCUGAAUGCUGUCCGGGACCUGGCGACUGACUAUGAUGCACUGAAGACGGGGAUCCUCAGCAGAAGUGGGCAUGGCCCAGCGUUUCCACAGCUGGACCUUUCAACCAGAGCAGCCUCCUCGUGCACAGAUGCACGAACUUGUCCGGAUCAUGCGGAAAUGGCUGGAACUGGAGAAGAUUAUGGCAGCUGCAGUAGUGGAGGCCGUUGUGGUGGACCAUUACUUACGGGCCCUGCCUUAUGAGGCGAAACGGCUCAUCAGUCAACAGGCCUUGACAACAGUGGAUCUAACCGUGGAAGCUGUAGAAAGGUACCAGGCCACAGCAGAGAUGCUUCGGGCUUCCAGAAAGGAGCCCCGGAGUGUGUCCCCGCCACAGAUGGGAGGAGCCCGUCCAAAGAACCCCAAGGUUUCCAACCCAGCCACUUCAGGAGCUGUCCAGGCUCCAGGGGGAGCCAGAAACCAGCCGGCACCAGGAAGAGUACACCGGGAGAGCGAAACCUGACAGUGUUACCGGUGUGGGGAGAUGGGACACAUCUCCCUGCUGUGUGGGAAACCGGCGGAUGAGCCUAUGCCCACUGCUUAGUCCUCCAGCUCACCACCCGCCCACCUUUUUGCUUCGCUCGUGGGAGUCGUAGAUGGCGCCCAAGAACGACCCUCCCACCUGCCCGGUGACUGUGAAUCACCAUGAUGUGGAAGCUUUGCUAGAUUCCGGUAGCCGUGUCACCCUGGUGCGUAAGGAUCUGGUGGGUUCAUCGUGUCUGACCCCAGGGAAAGUCCUCCCGGUUUCCUGUGUCCAUGUAGACACCAGAGACUACCCCACCACUGAACUCACAAUGACCACCACCAGGGGAACCAUACUCACGACGGCGGGUGUGGUUGAUUCCCUACCCGUUCCUGUCCUAAUUGGACGAGACUGCCCAGCCUUUCACCCACUGUGGAGGGAGACUCAGGAGAGGAGAGUACCUCGGAAGCGGAGAGGUAAGACUUAUCCUGAGAAUACGCAAGUGCAACCCUCAGAACCACUCACUCCAGCCUGUGCUCUUGCAGGGAUUGCAGGUGCCCAAGCUGAUUCAGAGACUGGUCCCGACACGGGGGAAGAGAACAUGGUCCCAGGAAGUGCUCCAAUCUUCAGCGAAGAAGACGUCCAAGGCACCAAAGAGCUUCCCCCUCUCACAGGCCAGUAUGGUACAGCCCAGUUACAAGAUCCCACUCUUGCAAAUGCUUUAAGAAAUGUGCAGGUGAUGGAGGGAGUGGUGCUAGGGGAUAGGACAAGCCCUACCUAUCCCCAUUUUGCAGUAAGCCGGGGGUUAGUGUAUCAGGUAGUACAGAAAAAUGGUGAAGUGCAUGAACAGCUCCUCGUACCACAGCCCCACCGGGCCACCGUACUCAACCUAGCACACACCCACCCGCUAGGGGCUCACCUAGGGGUAGAGAAGACGAAAGAGAAUCUUGCAACACUUCUUUUGGCCAGGAGUACACAAAGACAUAGAGAACUACUGUUGGGGUUGCCCUGAGUGUCAGCGGGUGGCGGCAAAGCCCACAUAUAGAAACCCGCUCAUUCCCUUGCCCAUUAUCGAAACCCCGUUUGAGAGGAUUGGACUGGACAUCGUUGGGCCCUUACCGAAAAGUUCCAGGGGACAUCAGUACAUUCUGGUCAUCCUGGACUAUGCAACCUGAUGUCCUGAGGCCAUCCCACUGAGGAAGGCUACGUCCAGACAAAUCGCCAAGGAGUUGUUCCUUCUCUCAACUAGUCUGGGGCUCCCGAAGGAGAUAUUGACAGACCAAGGGAGUCCAUUCAUGUUCAAGGUGAUGAAAGAACUCUGUGCUCUGCUGAAAAUCAAACAGCUGAGAACGUCAGUCGACCACCCCCAGACCGACGGGCUAGUCGAACGUUUUAACAAAACACUAAAAUCCAUGCUGCAGGAAGGCGAUCACGGAAGAUGGGUGCAACUUGGAUCAGCUGUUUGCGGUGAGAGGUACCUCAGUUGUCUACUGGUUUUUCACCCUUUGAGCUCUUGCUUUCCUACAGACCCCGAGGACUGCUGGACAUCGCCAAGGAGGCCUGGGAGGAGCAACCGUGCCGACAGCGGACCCUGAUCAAGCAUGUCGGGGGGGCCAUGAGAGAGCGAAUGAAGGCCGUCUAUCCCAUGAUGCGUGAACACAUGGAGACUGCUCAACGGCAACAGCAAGCCUCCUACAACAGAUCUGCUCAACCCAGAGAGUUUAAGUCCGGGGACAGAGUGCUGGUCCUGGUGCCAACCAGUGAGUGCAAAUUCCUGGCAACCUGGCAAGGGCCGUAUGAGGUUAUUGAACGUGUGGGAGAGGUAAACUACAAGGUGAGGCAACCUGAUAAAUGAAGUGUCUGAGUUUGAUGCAUACCCAAUGCCUCGUGUCGAUGACUUGAUAGACUCCUUAGGGCAUGCUCGCUUCCUAACCACUCUUGACCUCACCAAAGGCUACUGGCAAGUGCCCCUGACCCCGGCGUCGAAGGAGAAGACGGCCUUUGCCACAACAGAGGGGCUCUACCAGUAUACCCGGCUCCCGCUUGGUCUCCACGGAGCGCCUGCCACGUUCCAGCGCUUGAUGGAUCGCCUCCUCGCUCCCCACAAGAGGCAUGCAGCGGCAUAUUUGGAUGUUGUCAUACAAAGUCCAGAUUGGGCCAUCCACUUACCCCAAGUACAAGCUGUGAUUGAUUCACUCAGGGAAGCGGGGCUCACGGCAAACCCAAAAAAAGUGUAGGCUGGCCUUCAGUGAGACAAACUACCUGGGUGAAGUCAUUUUUGGCCUAGCCGGCUACUACAGACAUUUUAUUACGGAUUUUGCUACCAUUGCUGCACCUCUAACAGAGCUGACAACCAAACGCCACUCACGAAUGGUGAGGUGGAAUCCCGAGGCGGAGACAGCCUUCAUCAACCUGAAGCAAGUCCUGUGUUCCAGUCCGAUCCUGGUAGCGACGGAUUUCAAGAAGGACUAUAUUGUCCAGGAGGAUGCUUCGGAGGUGGGUCUGGGUGCUGUACUCGCCCAGGCACAUGACGGGCUGGCAAGCGCCACGGCAAUGCGGAUGCCCUCUCCCAGUGCGACGCCUUCUUUACCUCCUUCACCCC